GGCCCUGGAAUCCACUCAUGUGGUCCUCAGCAGGCCUGUGAGGUAUAAAGAAAUUGCAUCUGCCCCACUUGCUUUUCAUCCUCUUGUCUUUCCACAAAGAGUCUGAGUAGCUGAUAUUCAAGGACAAAUGAUACUGAGGAGGAGGAAGCAGGCCCACUCCUCUGGGGACAACCACACAUCCUAUGCUAAGCCUCCCUGGUACCCUGAGCGCCCUGGCAGCUCAGUCUAGAAGGGCGAGUGCCCACUCCACGUUUCUGUGAGUCAGGAAAGUGGGCACAGGCAGGAGGAGCUUCACCACUUGGGUGGCCUCAAGAGCUGGGAGGUCAGGGACCAAUUUGUUAGAAACUUAAGAGAAGGUGUCCCGGCCAUCGAACUGACUUGUUGGGUGACCAGGGAGCUUUGAAAAUAGCCCUGCUGCCUCUGCCCCAGACUCAACCUGAAUGGCCCUGAGAAAGCAGCAGCAGAGGAAGCUGAGCCAGCAGAAAGCCAUGUGAGGGUCUGCAGCAUCCCUGCCAGCCGCCUCCGGGCGGCAAGAACAGGGGGUUGGGUCCUGGCAACCAAUGAGCACUGGUUGCCCUGAUGCUUGGUCUGCCUGUGUGUGUGUAUAAGUGGUGCAUGUAUUAAUACGUGUGGGUCUGUGGCUCUGUUGGUGUGUAAAUGUGUGUGUGCCUGUGCUGUGUGUCAGUUUGUGAGCAUGUGGGUAGUGUCUGAAUGUGUGAGUGUUUUGCGAGUGUGUGGUCUGUGUCUGUGUGUAUUGAGUGUACUAGUGUGAAGUGAAGGACAAGGAGAUGUUCAUUCCCCCCCAAACCCCCUGGUGUCCCUCUGAUCCUGUGACCUCCCCACAAACAGGGCCGGUACAGACCUGGGGGGUGAAGGUCACUGGGGAGGAGGCAGGUGAGAUACGGGGAGGUGAGGAUGUGUUCUGGGGAUGAGACUGUGACCCCAUUAGGGAGGGUGAGGCUAAGGUGAAAGGUGAGUGACAGGAUCAAGUCCAAAGACCCCUGGUUCUUCCUGGGAGCCUGCACAAUGCUGGCAGUCAGGCUGGGGUUGGGGACUUCGCUUUUUUCCUUCCCCACCCAGGGUAAGCACCUGCAGAGGGCAGCAUGGUCAGGACUUCUGCGCCACCCCUGCACUGACCUUCGCUGUCCCCUCCCUGCACCCUCUGGCAGCACAGUCACGCCAACAGGCAGGCUCAGAGCAGAGGACAAAGGCCAGUCUCAGCUCCUUUAUAAAGGGCCCAGGCUCAUCAAACCCUCAGAGUGGGUGAGAGAGCCCUGCCAGGUCUGGUCCUGGUGCCUGGUGUGGUGAGGGGCCUCAGUGUGUCCAGAGGAGCGCAGUGUGCACUGAGGCAGCCAUGGGGCUGCUGGCCUGGGAUAAACUGGGGCCCCUGGCCGUGGCCGUGGCCAUCUUCCUGCUCCUGGUGGACCUGAUGCACCGGCGCCAACGCUGGGCCCCCCGCUACCCCCCAGGCCCCAUGCCCCUGCCUGGGCUGGGCAACCUGCUGCAGGUGGACCUCCAGGACUCGAUUUGCAGCUUUACUCAGCUGCGCCGCCGCUUCGGGGACGUGUUCAGCCUGCAGCUGGCCUGGACGCCCGUGGUCGUGCUCAACGGGCUGGCGGCCAUGCGCGAGGCGCUGGUGAACCGCAGCGAAGACACCUCCGACCGCCCACCUGUGCCGAUCAUGGAGCACCUGGGCUUGCAGCCGCACGCGGAAGGGGUGAUCCUGGCACGGUACGGGCGCGCUUGGCGGGAGCAGCGACGCUUCUCCGUGUCCACCCUGCGCAACUUCGGCCUGGGCAAGAAGUCCCUGGAGCAGUGGGUGACCGAGGAGGCCUCGUACCUCUGUGCCGCCUUCGCCGACCAGGCCGGACGGCCCUUUAGCCCCAACGCCCUCCUGAAUAAAGCGGUGAGCAACGUGAUCGCCUCCCUGACCUUCGGGCGCCGCUUCGACUACAACGACCCGCGCUUCCUCAAGAUACUGGAGCUAAUGGAGGACUUUCUGAAAGAGGCGGCAGGCUUUUUGCCCGAGGUGCUGAAUGCGAUCCCUGUGCUCCUGCACAUCCCGGGGCUGGUCGCCAAGGUCUUUCCUGGGCAGAGGGCCUUCAUGGCCCAGCUGGAUGAGCUGGUUGCUGAGCACAGGAUGACCCGGGACCGGACCCAGCCCCCUCGAGACCUGACUGAUGCCUUCCUGGACGAGGUGCAGAAGGCCAAGGGGAACCCAGAGAGCAGCUUCAAUGAUGACAACCUGCGCCUGGUGGUGGCUGACCUGUUCUCUGCGGGGAUGGUGACCACCUCGACCACGCUGGCCUGGGCCCUCCUGCUCAUGAUCCUACACCCGGAUGUGCAGCGCCGUGUCCAACAGGAGAUCGAUGAGGUGAUAGGGCAGACGCGGCGACCAGAGAUGGGGGACCAGGCCCACAUGCCCUUCACCAUGGCCGUGGUCCACGAGGUGCAGCGCUUUGCAGACAUUGUCCCACUGGGCGUGCCCCACAUGACAUCCCGUGACGUUGAAGUGCAGGGCUUCCUCAUCCCCAAGGGGUCAGGGAGUCAUCUAGGCCAGACCACACUCAUGCCAGGCAUCUCCUGCCAGGGGACCAUGCUCAUCCCCAACCUGUCAUCGGUGCUGAAGGACGAGACCAUCUGGAAGAAGCCCUUCCGCUUCCACCCCGAGCACUUCCUGGACGCCCAGGGCCACUUCGUUAAGCAGGAGGCCUUCAUGCCCUUCUCAGCAGGCCGCCGCUCGUGCCUCGGGGAGCCCCUGGCCCGCAUGGAGCUCUUCCUCUUCUUCACCUGCCUCCUGCAGCGCUUCAGCUUCUCGGUGCCCGCUGGGCAGCCCCGCCCCAGCGACCACGGUGUCUUUCGCUCCAUAAUGACCCCGUCCCCCUACCAGCUCUGUGCUGUGCCCCGCUAGAGGGUGCACCAAGCCCCCAAACAGCUCCUUCCUGGGGGCCCUGAUGUCCAAUAAAGCAGUCUGAUGGCUCCAA